AGCUUUAUUGCUCAAACAGAUGCUGCAAUAGCCCAGGCCAACGACUUGAUAUGAGAGAGCAUGUUUGCUUUUGUUCUCUUUCGUGUCCUUCUUCCCUUGCAGCCCGUAUUUGCGGCCCGGAAGGUUUGCGGCCAUGGUCCGCAUGGUCGUUUUUCUGCGGCUCCUGCCUGUCGCUGUGGUGGCCUUGUACAACACAGCCUUCGUUGGCACAGAAAAACAGCGACGCACGGUGCGCCGAGCCCGCACCGAGGCCCGCUGCGUGGUGAUUGGGGAGGCCGCACCGCGCGGCGAAGAGGAGAAGGCUGCCUUGGUGAAAAGGCUCUUGGCGGCCAAACGUUUUUCAGGGAAGACCUUUGAUGAGAUCGCCAAAGAGCUGGGAUAUACCAACGCCUAUACCGCAAAUCUCUUCUUCAACCAAGCACAGUUGAAAGAGCGCUCUGCGGAAAAGCUGAAGGAGUGGGAAGGACUUGCAAUGCUGAACCGCCGCGACAUAGAGAUGAUGAAACAGCCGCCGACGCGGAGCUUUGAUCCUGCUAUUCUGCAGGUGGCUCACGACGACGACGACGACGACGAAAAGAUGCCCAGACCCAAAGUCUUUGGGGCGCCCCUAGAAGGUUUGGUCAGUGUUUCUAUCAGGUUUGAUUCUGUCCUAUUUCGAUUCAUAGGUUGUGAACCCUAAAACAGACUAAAACACAACGAGGUUGUAUCCUAGACCUCCACCGCUGAUCUUCUCAUCGCUUUUUGGCCAAUUCGACCGGGACCCCGUCCACUAGCGAUGGGAGAACAAAUACAUCAAAAGCCAAUCCUUCUCCAACAUCUUCGACGUUUCUCCCGUCGAUUGGAUUCACUGUUUGGCGCUGGUCACACACUCCCAGUGAGCUGGUGAACCCAUCUGAUCGCCUCGCCACGUGGUGCGACGUUCCAGUUUAGCUCUUGAUGGGCGGGGUAACAAGAGUGGACUUGUUGGCUGGUUCCAGAGAUGGAUCGAAGCUGCAGUUGUUGGCUGGUCACGUCAAACUGUAAGCGAAGUGAGAAAAAGAUGGGAAGGGAGCUUUGGGAAGAGUGGAGUCGGUGAAGCUGUUUUUCGCACAAUCCAGAUGAUGCCGUUCAGCUUUGACCCUUCAAACGGGGUGGCAUUUUUCGGAUCGAGGCCCUGCUGCACUGCUGUGGUCAGUCCGUGUCCGGUCCUUUUUGGGCGACCCAUCGGGCCGCGCUUCUAGUGGAGAGAGGUUGCCAAAGUCACACUCCCCGGAGCCACCGUUGACGUGGAGUCGUCUCCCAAAGACUCGGACGACCAAUGGCCGGCUGACCAAUGGCCUGUGGUUUUCACUCCGGCCCCCAACAAACCUCCGGAAACCUCCGGGAGGGUCUGGGGCAUGUGGGCGUUUCCCUUGUUGAAGCCGAAUCAGACGGGGCGGUGUCCGCCGUGUGGCGGUGAAACGGGCGCAGGAACCCAACGUCUACCGCCUCUACGAGGCGAUCAUGCACUACGGCGAAGCCAUCAAGACGUUGAUCAACGAGAAGUGUGGCGAUGGGAUCAUGUCAGCCAUCGACUUCUACCUUGAUGUGGGAACCACCGUGCCCUGGUCGGCACGCGGGGGGCGCAAAGGCGACGCAGACGGGUGGGGUCAGGACGCAGGCGUGCAGUGGAUGGUCUGAAGCGGCACAGCACCCCGAACGGGUUUUGGCCAAAGACUUGCGAUUCAGGCGAAGAGGGGAACUCCAAAGUGGCCAAGGGAAAGAAGCCUCAACAGGGGACCCUCCUGUUCGGCUGCACGUAUCAACCGCUUCGAGAUGCGACUUUGGUGCCCAGUGGCGGCGAUGUCACCAGUGAGGGGGGCCGACGAGAUGAUCUCACCGCCUGGCGAAGAUGAUCUCAGGGCCGAACGGGCCUGAGGUUGGGAAGAACGGCGAGAAGCG